AUGGCCUCGAAGCUCCCCGACACGACCAAGAGCCUCGGUGCCGGCGCCAUGGACGUUGACGACGGCAGCGGCGGCGGCGGCAAGAAGGUGGCUGGUAAGUGGCCGGGCUUCGUCCACUUCUUCUUCGUCCUCACCGUCGUCAUGUGCGCGCUCGUCUACGCCCCGCGCUUCCUGUCGCCCGCCGUGACCGUCGACUUCUUGGGGCCGCGGCAGCCGGCAUCGGGUAGAAUGGCGGAAGGACAAGUACGGAGCGUGCACGGUGGCCGCGGCAAUGAAGGCGACGCGCUGGUCCUCGACAACCAGGUGAACUCCCCGUGUGCGUCGAUGGGCGCCCAUGGCAUCUGCUGCGACCGCUCGGACUACAACACCGACGUGUGCUUCAUGGCCGGCGACGUGCGCACGGACGCCGCGUCCCUCUCGUUCCUGCUCUUCCCGCCGCCCAACGGCACCGCCAACGCGAACGCAAACGCUACCGUGGCGGAGAAGGAGGAGGUGGUGAAGCCCUACACGCGCAAGUGGGAGAAGGGCGUGAUGGCCAACAUCCAGGAGGUGCGGCUCCGCGCGGCCCGGCCGGACGAGGCGGACGCGCACCGGUGCGACGUGCGGCACGACGCGCCGGCGCUGGUGAUGACGGCGGGCGGGUACACGGGGAACCUGUUCCACGCGUUCAACGACGGCUUCCUGCCGGUGUGGCUGACGGUGCAGCACCUCCGCCGCCGCGUGGUCCUCGCCGUGCUCGUGUACAACCCGUGGUGGGCCGGCACGUUCCCGGAGCUCUUGUCGGGGCUCUCGCGCCACCACGUUAUCGACCUCCUGCACGACAAGCGCACGCACUGCUUCCCGGGGGCCAUCGUGGGGACCCGCUUCCACGGCAUCCUCGCGGUCGACCCGGCUCGGACCCGGGACAACCGGACCCUCGUCGACUUCCACGACUUCCUCGCCAGCGUAUACAGGGACGACGGCGCGUCGGAAGAACUAGUGCACACCACGGCGCCGGCGCCCCAGCAGCAGCAGCAACCGAGGCGGCGGCCGAGGCUGGGGCUGUACUCGCGCAAGGGCACGCGGGUGAUCGAGAACGAGGCGGCGGUGGCGCGCCUGGCGCAGUCGGUGGGGUUCGACGUGUCCAUCCUGGAGACGGCGAACGGGGCGCCGCUGUCGUCGGAGUACGCGGCGGUGAGCGCGUGCGACGUGUUGGCGGGCGUGCACGGCGCGGACCUGACCAAGCUGCUCUUCCUCCGGCCGGGCCGCGCGGCGCUGCUGCAGGUGGCGCCGCUGGGCGUGCCGGCCGUGGCGCGCGGCUGCUACGAGAAGGCGACGACCAUGAUGGGGAUGCACUACGAGCAGUACGACGCGGCGGCGAACGAGAGCUCGCUGGCCCGCAAGUACGCGGCGGACGACGUGGUGCUGCGCGACCCGGAGGCGGCGAAGCGGGAGGGCGGGUGGGACCUCAUCGCGCGCGUGUACCUGGGCGGCCAGAACGUGAGCCUCGACCUGGACCGGUUCGGCGACACCCUCCGGAGGCUGCACUCUCGCGCCCUGCGGCUGCCGGUGGCAGGUCCGUAG